AGUAGCUCUGUAUUCAGUAAGUAUUGGGUGUGUCAAUCGUGACGCGUUUGGUUUGUUUUUACCUUCCCCAAAAUCCUAAAUAUAUCCUUUGUUUAUUUUUUAUUUUGCACCCCGAAAUGCUUCUUUUGGCCACCGUGUGUCUACUGGCCACGGCCUCGGCCCAGCUACGUGAUUUCCGGGAUUUUCGCGAUCGUCCCAUUAACGUGAGUCAGUCUGGGUGGUUCGAGACGCGCCCUCCGGUCAGUUUUGCCAAUCUCGAGGGCAUUCCGCCUGAGGAUCUCUGUCCUCAGCACUGGAUAGCAUUUAGACAGACUUGCAUAAGGUUUAUCGGUAGUCCAAAGCGAUCCUGGCAUGAAGGAAAAAAGAUCUGUCAAGCUUAUGGAGCAGACCUGGUUCACAUAGACAAUUUAGAAAAGCAUGCAUUUAUUCUCAAGCACUUGAUUCAGCAAGAUCUUAGGCAGAAUAGAUAUUUUAUUUCUGCCAGACAAACAAGUCCUUCAACAUGGGUGAACGAUGAUAAUUCGGCGUUUGUAGCGCCGGAAGAGGGACUGUCACUCGAUGAGAAGGAUUUAAGAACACGAGAAGAUCUUGAGAACAGUGGUGAUCUCGGUCAUUUGAGUUAUGCACAGAUCGAGAGGCUCCUAACCCCUAGGGAUCCAUUAUCAACGCAGCAUCAGUUGGCUCGUGAUCGGCUCGUGUACGGCUUUUCUCCUUCGCAUGACAGGUGGCUCUUUAUUCCUGCCUAUGAUUUUGAGCAGAACCUGUUCAUUUGUGAGUCACGCGAUCUCUACGGUACGCGAAAUGCUAACACUCUAGCAGAAGAUAGGCGAACCAUUGAGUAUGGGGUACAGAUAAUAGAUGAAGAGAGGUUACCGCAAGGACCUAAAUUUGUACUCCAGCCUAGAGAUACGACUUUUGACACAGGGAAGCGUACGAUUGCCGAUUGGGUGACACUUGAGUGUCUUGCAGAAGGUUUUCCUGCUCCCACUUACACUUGGUUCAGGGAACUGUACGAGAGUGAUCGGCUUACUUUCCGUCCCGUUAGUGCAUUAACAGAUCGGCGCAUCACAACAGCUGGUGGUAGCCUGGUGAUCACAGAACCAGAGCAAUACAAAGAUCAGGGAACUUAUCAUUGUGUUGCGGAGAACAAGUUUGGCCGCAUCCUUUCGGAUAGUGUUCAGCUCAACUUUGGUUAUAUUAUGGAGUUUAAUUUGAAACGUUCCCCAGAAAGUGGAGACAUGAACUGGGGCAAGUCUCUUUUCUGCGACCCUCCUCAGCACUAUCCAGACGUUAAAUACUACUGGUCUCGGGAUUACUUUCCGAAUUUUGUUGAGGAAGAUGAACGACGCUUUGUAAGUCAUGAUGGUGCCCUGUACUUCUCAGCACUUGAAACCAUCGAUCGAGCUAACUACUCCUGCACAGUACAGAGUCUUGUAAGUGACACCGGUCGCAAUGGACCUUACUUUAUGCUGCGAGUAAAACCUCAUCCGAACUACCAGGAACUCUUGUUCGCUAACACAUUCCCUAAGGUGUUCCCAGAAGCGCCAAUUGCUGGGCAAGAAGUGCGAUUAGAGUGCAUGGCAUUUGGAUAUCCAGUACCUUCCUUUAAUUGGACCCGUGGUAGUGGGUCGUUGCCAAGGCACGCCUAUUAUACAAGCUACAAUCGGGUUCUAAUAAUUCCGAAUGCAACUAUAAAUGACAGCGGAGAGUACAUCUGUACUGUGGCUAAUGACAGAAAAAGUUCAUCCAAGAGUAUUCGUAUUAACAUUCAGAUGGCACCAAAUUUCACAAUUCCCCUUGUUGAUAAGAUUCGUGAUCUCAACACAGACGUUUCCUUUGUCUGUGAAGCUUCUGCCAUUCCUGAUGCAAAUUACACGUGGUACAAAAAUGCAGAAUUGCUGGAACAAGAUCGAUUACCUAGAGACAAAUUUAUAAUUCAGGAUAACGUAUUGACGAUAAAAUUCUUGGAUCCAGCAAAGGACGACGGCAUGUAUCAAUGUCGGGCUGAAAAUCAGAUUAAAGCUGUGUAUUCCUCAGCUCAAUUACGUGUUCUGUCCCUUAAACCGACCUUCAAGAAGCGUCCAUUGGAAGCAGAGAUAUAUGCUAUAGCAUCUGGCAACACUACUAUUGUUUGUGAUCCAGAAGCAGCUCCUCAGCCAGCGUUCCAGUGGAAAAAGGACGGUAUAAUUAUCGGAUCCGGUGGUCAUCGACGGAUCCUUCCGAAUGGAAAUUUAUUAAUAAGUCCUACUUCUCGCGACGACGAAGGUGUUUACACAUGCAUUGCUUCAAAUGCCUAUGGCACUGCGGAGAGUCAUGCGAGACUGAUUGUUCUUCAGGAACUCAGAUUCCGAACCCCACUACCUCAACGCUUAGUUUUGCAAUCCGGAGAACUUCUAUUUUUGCACUGUGAUGUCGAUCACGACGCUCUAUUAGAUGUUACAUUCUCAUGGCGCCGCAAUGGCGAACUUCUUCCAGAGAAUUUUCAGGAUAUUUCCGGAAAAGUGCUAGAUAGGACAAUUCAGGACAGAAGAGUCAUUGUGAAUCGCAACAAUCUGGAAGUUCAUAAUGCUUCCUUGUUGGAUUCCGGAGAAUACGAAUGCAUUGCUAUGGCAGCUCUACAUAGCGUUUCCUCGCGAUCCGAGGUGUCUGUUCAAGGACCUCCUGGAGCACCAGGAGGAGUCAAAGUGAUCGAUAUAAAGAAGACUUCAGCGGUGUUAGAGUGGAUCGACGGACCUGACAAUGGUCGUCCGGUUAUUUUCUACAGCGUCUGGGCUCGAACCACGUGGAAUAAAACAUGGGUUCCUGUGGCCGAUGGUGUAACAGCCAGAGAAUUUGAUAGAUACACAGGUCGCAAGCGUGCAGAAGUACAUGGACUAACACCUUGGUCAGGUUACGAAUUCUGUGUUCGUGCUGUAAAUGAUGUUGGCUUGGGAACGCUCUCACCUCCAUCACCCCUCUACAGUACUCUCAAUGACAUUCCCUACGAUCCACCUGGUAAGGUGGGUGGUGGUGGCGGAAAAAUUGGGGAUCUUGUUAUUACCUGGAUCCCACUGCCGAAGGAGAAGCAAAAUAGCCACGGUGUCUAUUACAAAGUAUCCUGGAGACUUCAUGGAAAAGGUGGUUCCACUGAGUGGGCCACAAAACUGAUCAAUGAUCCUGACACCGGAAGGGCUGUAGUACCUAUACCCCUAGAUAACUACUAUACUCAGUAUGAUGUCAAAGUUCAGUCUUUCAAUGACCAGGGCGCUGGUCCGGAAAGUCCCGUUCAGACGAUUUAUUCGGCUGAGGAUAUGCCUCAAGUGGCGCCACAACGAACUUAUGCACGAGGCUACAAUUCAACAGCUCUGAAUAUUACUUGGGCUCCUGUAGAACUUACCCGCGAGAAGAUCCGAGGACGGCUCAUUGGACACAGGCUCAAGUACUGGAAGAGUGAUCACGCAGAGGAGAAUGCUGUGUACUACCUCUCUCGAACUACCAGGCCUUGGGCUCUUAUUGUGGGUUUGGAACCCGAUACGUACUACUACACCAAAGUCAUGGUGUACAAUGCAGCUGGGGAAGGACCAGAGAGUGAACGAUAUCUUGAACGAACCUACCGAAAGGCCCCACAGAAACCACCGUCAAGUGUCACUUUCAGUGCCGUCGAUCCGUCUACGGUGCGUGUCACGUGGCGUUAUGUCACGCCAAGUCAAGAGGAGGAGCCCAUUGAAGGCUACAAAGUACGUGUGUGGGAGUCCGAUCAGGACAUGUCCACCGCCAAUGAUACCAUCAUUCCCAUUGGACGCAAGCUGGAGGCUUAUAUCAACAAUUUAGCUCCAGGGAAGGCCUACAAAAUGCGCGUCCUGGCCUUCAGUAAUGGCGGCGAUGGCCGCAUGAGCAGUCCAACACUCAACUUCCAGAUGGGCCGCACAAGGAUGCGCAACGCUGCCCCUAGCCUGCAGGGCGUCUCUCUCGCCUUUCUUUUGUGCCUUGCAGUCGCCACCAUGUGGCGCCACUGAGUACAUCACGCCCUUGUCAGUGUUCGUCCAUUUUAGCGCAGAGGGCGCUUUUCGCCCAAGUAUUCUAUUUUUUUCUACACUGUACUUUAUUAGUGUCAAACUCAAACAUAGGAAUCUCACUGUAAUUGUAAUAAAUUACUGGUUUAAUUUGUAAAA